CAUCACGAAAGCUUCACGUUGCUCUCCUUCGACAUAGAAAGCGCGCCAUCACCUUUCUCCCCUCCAAACACACAAUGUCCGCCAGCUUGUUCUCCCGACGGGCUCUCCAGGCCACCACGAGGCGGUUGACAGUAGCCAACCCCUCCGCCUUCACCAAGACUCCCCUGUCGCGAUGGUCAGCUCCAGCAGCUAUCGCGGUCGGCCAGAAUGUGCAGUAUAGGUGAGACAUUCUCAUGCGCUGUUAUAUGGCUGCUUCCGUGAACCCUCUCGUGCCUCUCUGCCACUCGACCUCUACCGCUGCGACGAUCAACCGAGCACCAAUGCUUCCGAACCAGGAAAAGAGGAUAUAUUUCAGACCUUCAUCCUCACAAACACACACACCUCAUCCUCCGGCCGGUCGAAGAAGAUAACGCGCAUAAGAAAGCACUUCCCACCGAACGACUCCGAACAACCCACAGCCUCCGCAUCCGCAUGACCUCUCUCUCGUGUCUCCCACCUUUGCAUCAUGCACCCAGUCUUCAUGGCGACGAUUAUUUACUGUUGUCCGAGCGAGCUCAUGCUAACCUACCUUGUUCCCCUAGACCAGCAGCGACAACCACCAGCAUGACCCCCGCCGCCGGUGAUGAAAUCCUCGCCGCCCAGCGCCGCCACCGACCAGUAGCUCCUCACCUCUCCAUCUACCGACCCCAGAUAACGUGGUACAUGUCCAUGUUCCACCGAAUCACGGGCGCGACGCUGUCCGUCGGCGUCUACGCCUUCGGCGCCGCCUACUUGAUCGCCCCCAUGCUCGGCUGGCACCUCGAGAGCGCCACCCUCGCCGCCAGUUUCGCCAGCCUGCCCAUCUUCGCCAAGAUCUCGCUCAAGACCCUCGCGGCCUACCCCUUCACGUACCACUGCUGGAACGGCAUCCGACAUCUCGUCUGGGACACCGGUGCGGCCAUGACGAACAAGCAGGUUAUCGUGACGGGAUGGACGACCAUCGGUUUGGCCACCGUCAGCGCUUUGGCUUUGGUGUUUAUGUGAAGAAAAGUGGAGAAAUAAGACCUUGGAAUGGAAGCCGAAUGGACGGCGUCGUGACUACUCACAGCAAGGCCAAAUUGUUGUAUAUAACCAUUUCCAACAACAAACCUGGAAGAUCCUGGUUUCUUCUAAACUAGCGCAGUUACAACAGCAAUAGCGAUGACAUGGAUUAACACUAACAUUCAAA